CAUUCCGGGGCCACGAGAGAAUGUCCUAUCUUAAGCCGACUGGCAGGGAACUUGAACGCUUUGACGGACUCUCUCUGAUUUAUUGGCCGAGGCUGCAUCCGUAAAAGCCUUGCGUAAGCUUUAAUCUUAAGAGAGCGAUGGUUUCCCAGUGAUCUGUGUUAAUGUUUGGGGUGGACCUGACGUGCCAUGGGGAUGGUCACAUGAGCUUCUCCCCAUCUCCGCCACUUUUUGCCGGAUCUCGGCCAAAGCAGAACGCUUACGGGCCAGGCAGCGGACUGGACAUCUCCGGCACGCAAGAUGCCAGCCAUUUCGGUCCUCUACAAGGGAGCUGUCAUUAUUAGCAGGACACUAAUGGGACCAUACGGAAUGGAUCGGACUGUCCAUUGCAUUGACUUCUAUGACUGCGCCAAUGGGCUGGGCAUUAAAGUGAUCGGAGGCAUUAAAGAAUUUACUGGAGAGGAAUAUGGGGUUUAUGUUAAGAGAAUCCUACCAGGAGGUGUUGCUCAUGCUGAUGGCCGCCUGCAACCAGGGGACCAGAUCUUAGAAGUUAACGGGGACAGUUUGCUUGGCGUUACAAGCGAAAGAGCGGUGGAUAUCCUCAGGACGGCUUCUGCCACCAGCCACAUGCGCCUUCUUAUUGCCCGAGAUGACGAUGCCCGGAGAGAAUUUGCAGAACUGCUGGAAAAAUUCGGAUCUCAUAGCAACACAGGUUCGGCACGCAGCUCACCGGUUCUCCAUGGUGGGGGCAGGUAUUUGGAGAGUACGUCCUCGGGGUCUUCGUCUCGUUCCCAGAGCCCACUGUUGCUGAGCCCAGCAAAUUCCCACGGACCACUGAUUGGGAAUCCAGGACACUCGCCACACCCACCAUCGCAUUGCUCCAUCGAAUCCGGGAUCCAGAGCAUCUCUAUAGCAAAAUCCUCUGGGCUGGGUGUGACCAUCGGAGGAGGGGCCAACCGGCCGGAUGGACCUAUGGUUUACAUUCAAGAGGUGCAACCAGAAGGCGACUGUUACAGGGAUGGCCGUCUCCGGGUAGGCGACCAGCUCAUCGCUGUCAAUAAAGACUCUCUGGUGGGGGCCACACAUGAAGAGGCCAAAAGGAUUCUUGCAAAAACAAAAUUCAGACAUGAGGGAAACACUGAAGUGGCCUUUAUUUCCGGAAGAGGACGGUUCCAUCCCGGACUCUCAGCUCACAACAGCACCCAUUCCUUGCCGACUAAAGCUGUGGGGAACGGCCUGGGCACUUGCAGGUUGAAAGUCCAUGUGAGGUCCCCUGAGAGCAGACAUGACAGUCCCUUCCCUGUGCCUUCUCCAUCUCCAGACAUCUGUCCGCCAGAGCUCACCGUUUCCGCUCCUGUUUCCUCUUCAAACCAGCGAGCGGCUCCAGCCACCAAGCCAAAAGUGGCCCUGGAUCCUAACAUUCGCCUCAAGGAUGGCAAACUUGAACUGAUGCUGCAAUAUUUAAGUCUUGAUGUGAAUGAGGAGAAGAAGAGGCAGUUGCGGCAAAGUUUGACAACUGACUCACAGGGGACAGUAGCCUAUGGAGACUUCCUCCAAGCACUGAGGGAUCUCCUGCCAGAGGAACUCGAGGAGGCCGGCCUCAAUUCUAACUCAGUGCUCUUCACUCAGCAUGAAGUGGCCACCCUACUGGACACAUCAGCUUUCCAUUCUCUGACUUUCGACUCCGUCAGUUGCAAUGACAGUGAAGAGUUGGAGCAGCUACAGCUGGAAAUGACAGACCUGCGGCAAGAAGUCCGGAGGUUAAAGUCUCUCCUGAAGGAGGUAGAAAGCAACAAGAAAUCCAUGGAAGAUGAGCUUCAGAGACUGAACCAGAAGGCACUGGGCUUCCUCUCAGAAAACCGAACCCUGCAUAACAAGCUGCAGGUAGCAGAGGUGUCCCAGCGGCAAGCCCACAGCGCGGAGCAAGAUUACGAAGAAGUGAUCCAUUUGCUGGAGGCUGAGAUCACAGAGCUGAAGACUCAGCUGGUGGGGAAGAAGACAAAACAGGCUUCAGAAGCAGAGAGUGAUGUCCUAGAGUUGAAAAGGCGCUUGUCCCUAGUUGAUGGGCAGUUGAAAAAGUCUGAGGUCACGCGGAAACGCCUGGAGAUCUACAAUAGGAAGCUGCUCUUAUUUGUGCAGAAUACCCAUAAACUUUUGAGCACAUCUAGCACAUUACCAGAGGAGAAGAGAGCUGACAGUCAAGCAGACGAGGAUAAAACAGGAAGAACCUCAGAAGCUCCUCUUCCACCUCCAGAUCUUGCAGGCUUGUUGAUAGCAGAGGCAAAAGAACUCUUGGAGCCCAUCUCGUCAUCUAAUGCCACAAAGGAAGCUUUUCUGUAUGACUGGGAUGACUGUACAGCUGGUGACAGCACCCCUGACUACAAAGACCAUCUUCACCAGAAGACAACGUGGCCUCCUCCUCCUCCAAGUGAAAGUACCAAUGGUGAUCCGCAGCCUCCAAGCACCUCCAAGGGUUCCUCUGAGAAGCCUGCAUAAGUCUCCAGCCUCAGUCUGCUCCGCCUAUUCCUCAUUUUGUAUAUUCUGAGCCUGGACACUCUGCUUGGGAGGCAGAAAAGGAGCAGCAUGCAGCUGAUGAGAAGAACCCCAUGAAUGCUUCUCUUCUUAAGACGACUGACUCUCCUAACCCAAACGUCCAAGGCUUUAAAUAACAAUACAGUCCUCUUGGUGGCUACCUCUGGAUUGUUGCACAUGAGGCUAUUCCCCCUGGAUUUGAAACUUUAGAACAAGAAAGAAUACCUGGGGGAAAGUGUUGCCAUAGAAUGUCUGAAUUUCCCAGGCUGAGGGCUGAAGAACCAGUAGCCUAUAGCAACAAGAGCAGCAGCCUGCUGCUGAGGGGCUACCCAGAGGCUCUUUGCAUUUCUUAUGAAAAACUAAAGUACAUUUUUUCAGGCUGUAGGGUGUUGUAGUCAUUUGUAUUAAGUCUGCAUAGCUGUCUUUGGAUGAACCUCUUGUUGAUUGUAAAGACUUAUAUGAACUGUACCCCUUGAUUAAGGAGAAGACAACCAGAUGGUUGCAUGGUAGAUGUCUCUGAAAGAAGAUGUACAAAAUACUGAAAGAAACAAGGAGCAUCAAAUACUGUAUUAAGACUGAGGAAGACUUCCCAGCUGGCCCAUCUCAACAGCAAUUCAUUGUAAAAAGAAUAAAAAUUGCAGGGGCAGGCUUGGGAGAGGGGGGAAGAGAAUAAAAAUUAGGUUUUUAUGUGAUUAGCAAAUAAUAUGGUAGAGCUAUAAUGUGAGAACACAGUUCUGGCAAAUAAAAUGACGAUACAGCUUUUGA